AGAGGAGAGGGAGUAGCUUUGAGCAACGGUUAUGAACUAACGUGUGUUAAAACCUGCCUAAACAUUAAUAAACAUUUACUUUAAACAAUCAACGAGUUUAUUAGCAGUGAGUCUGGAGACAUGCACGAGGAUGACAGGCUGCUCUGUGUACUUUGUCAGCGGUCCGAACAGACGAAGAUCACAGGAGCGUUAUCCACCAAAGAUGACGUCACGGCCCACCAGAACUGUUUGUUAUUUGCCUCUGCACUCUUUUGUCGUAACACUCCGCAGUUCGACGAUCUGUUUGGUUUCUCUGUGGAGGAUGUGUUGAACGAGGUGAAACGAGGACGACAACUGAUCUGUAACAAAUGUAAGAAGAGGGGAGCCACGGUUGGGUGUGAAGUCGUACGCUGCAAGAAGUCCUACCACUACCCGUGUGCUGUGGAAGAAAGAGCCAAGAUCGUUGAGGAUGUAACCAAGGAGGAAUAUGUGCUGUACUGCUACAAACACUAUCCAAAAACACAAGAAAACAACCCCUCCGAAAACGGAUCUCUCUCUUUAUCCUCAAAGUCCAGAGCUUACGGACAUCCUGAAGAAGCUGGAACAUCUAAGGUUUAUUGCCUUACCUGUGAGAAGUCAGAAGGAAACAUCAGCUUGGAAAGUUUGUCUUAUAGCAUUGUUAUGUCAUAUUGUGACAAACAUGCUCCUGGUUCACACAAGAAGAAUGCCAGUGGUGACUCUACUGACCAACGGCCGACUGUGUACAGCAGUGACUCAAACUCCUCCAGCAGUAGGAAGCCUUCAUCUAUCAAGAGACAGUUGAGUUUCAGAGACAAACAGAACGGGACCCCUUCUAAACGUAGAUCUAAAGUCUCAUGGGCUUCACUGACGGAUGAUUCUUCAAAUUCAGGCGAUAAUGAACUGGAUUCAAUAACGGCCCCUUUAGAUACUGAUAUAGAUGAUAGUGAACACCUGGUUCGUGAGCCUCUCACGAGGGAGACUCAUUUCUGUCUGGAGGAAGAGAGCAGAGACGGAGCUACAGAUGAAAAUGAAACGGAUGAGUCAGAGAGUCUGCUGCCUCCUUUUCUCUCCACUCGGACGUCUCCUCAUUCCCCUCCCACUGAAGUUCAGUGUAAGACGGAGACACAGACAGACGAUGGAGGAAGUCUGCACAUGAAUCAGGAACUGGAGUUGUGUUGCUGUGUAAUGUGUGCCGUCAGUCCUGAGUGGAGUCCUGUCGACAGUCCAUCUGAUCCACACACCGCUGGACCCUCUCCCUCUGCUCUCACUGAUGCUGGCAGCUCAGCCUGUGUGACCCUCCCCACUUCCUGUUCCCCUCCUGUGGCCCCUCCCUCUCUCGUGGCCCCUCCCCCUCCAGUGGCCCCUCCCCCUCCGGAUGCCCCUCCUCCUGACCCCUCCCCCAGCGGGGCCUCCAGCAGGUUCUGGAGGAGCUGUAACGCUGCCGGCUGCACGAAGAACAUCUUCAGAGGUUUCUAUAAGGAGAUGAGCGACGUCUGCGAAAGGAUUCAGGCAGAGCAGGCCAGCCAGGAGGAUUAUGAUCUGGCGUUAACAGUGAUGAGGGCUUCUGGGAAACUGUUAGAGCUUGUGGGCAAUCAGCAGGAAGAGUUACAAGGGAAGCAAAGGGAGCUUAAGGAGGCAGCGGCAGCGAUGGAGGAGGCCGUCUCAGCGCUGAAGAGAGAUGAGGAGCAGCUGUCACAGUCACACACACAUCACAGUUAACUGUAGACAAUGGUAAAGGGCUGGAUGUGGAACUACAAAACUGCAUCAAUAUAAGCAUCGAUAAAUUCACAAAAUAGUAACAAAUUCGAUUUUUUACAAAAACACGUUACACAGAAAUUCAUUCUACCCAAAUACAUUUUUAUUGAACCAAAUAAUGGGUUUCAUUUUAAAACCUUUUAUUAAAAUGGAAAAAAAAAUGAUCAUAAAGAAGUUCCACAUCCAACACGAGCAACUGACCCAAGUUUGCAAGAGUUUUGAAAUUGUAAAAAUAACUAUUUUGCAAAGAAAUGUGCACUUAAGUUUGAUCCUUUUUAUGACGUGAAGCUGACAUAUAUUAGACAUACGAUAUUAUGAAUGUCCGAGGUUGUUGAAUUUGAAUAAGAAGUUGCUUCUCAAAAGGUACACGAAGAAGAGAAGUAGUCCAAAGAUGUUUUUUAUAUAACUCUAUGUGUAAGUUUUGGAGUUUUUACCUCUAAUAAUGUCAUUGCUGUGAAAAGGAUGGAUGCAUUUAUCUUAGAUUAGAUAUUGUUCAAACUGUUGUUCAAACGCAGAAGUGCUGGAAUAGUUCUACAGUUAGAGGUUGAGUAUUUGUGGAGUCAGACAUGUUUACAUUAUUGAUGUUCAAUCAGUCGUCUUGUUCAGGGUUACAUUCAUCAACUGUUGCAGAGUAAAGCUGAUCGUCUUCAUGACACGUGUUGAGUAUUUCUUUUUUAAACCCUUUGAGAAAGUUUGCUCAAGUCAAACAUUGUAAGUUAAAUAACUCAUGACCCGAGUCGAUAUUAAUCGACAUACUACACCAAGACUUUUUCUGAUCGUAUUUUCUACAUACAAAUUUGCCGAGCUCCGCUGCUUCCAGUAGUGAGCCAGGGCUUGGAUUCUUCAUGACAUGGUUGGUAUAAGUCAUCCAGUGCUAAAAGCAUGAAUUUCUUUUGACAUCCUAUAUUAUGAGCUUUUAUACUACCCUAUGACUGAAGUGAUAACAGUGAUGAGGGCUUCUGGGAAACUUGAGGCCGGGCAGCAGGAUGUAAACUCUUGUGUGGCUCAAGGAAGGAAGUGUUGGUUGCUACCUUGAGUGCACACUUAAUAAAUGUAAAACAAAUGCACCAUAUUGAUAACUUUUCAACAUGUUUUUUAUGAUAUUUUCAACAUUAAGUAAAUUGUUCCAUUGUUAACUUUUCUUACAGUUAUUGAUUAAAUAUGGCCCUUUAGUUUAAAACAAAAAAACUCACUGUACUGGAUCUUUCUGUGAAGAUAGUUUAAUCUCUGGUUUAUCAAUAAUAAUAAUAGAUUUAUUUUGUAAGCGCUUUUACAGGUGCUCAAAGUCGCUUUACAGAAAUAGCAAAAAAUAUAUAUAUAUUGUCACAUUAAAAUCGAGCAAUACAAUGAACAAAAGAGAUUAGUUCCUUAAAAAUCAAAUGUCUCAAUUCUCUUAACGCAUUAUGAUACAUAAGAAAAACGUAUUUUUCCUUUUGGUUUAUUGCAAUAUAUUUAUUAAUAUUAAAAAAUACUUGUUUACAGGAAACCAACUUUUUUGUAGUCAUUUGUUUGGGAAAAGGUCACAACAUUGUAAUGGCAUUUCAUAAUACGCAGCAUCAAUUAUAGUUUCUGAUAUGAGCAAACAUUUUCUUUCACAUUCGCACAGCAUGUCGUUUAGCUUAGUGUUAACACUGUAAAGUGCACAUGUUAGGGACGUGAAUUGUGUGGUGAAGAAACUGAAUAUAUCAAAACAUCACAGACACAGUAAGUAUAGUCAAAGGAUCUUCCUCCAGUCAUACACUUCCUGUCUGUUUUUUUCGAAUGAAGAACCCUCUGUUCAUAAUGUAAUGAUGUAUGAAUGGGCCAGCAGGACUGAUCUCAGUUAAUGCAUCCAUGUGUGUUCCCAAGUGAGGAAAGAUGUGUGAUUAUAUGCAGAUGACAGAGUUGUCUUUGUGUAAUCUGCAGUAAUUCACCCAGGCAGGAGUAUAUAAAUCCACUGUUAAAUAAAACAGGAGAGAGAUAAAUGCAGCUGGUUUAGCUUGAAUGGAUGUUUUCUCAGUGUCUACUCACCCUCUCCUCUGCUUUGCCCUUUAAUAUAUGUUUAUUUAUUUUUACGAAACAACAAAGCCCACUUGUAUUUAGUCACUUUAUAAUUUUCCUGCUUCUCUUACUGUCUUUUUACUCUGUUGGCUGUCCCUCUGUUGUCAUUAGAAACCUGUUCUGCCACCAGCUGCCCAGACUUUGUGUUUUUGGGGUCUCUUACGGCCUCAUGGUCUAACUCUGUGAGUUUUCAUGUACGCUACAGUUUAAAAAAAGCUUCUCCAUGUGGAUAAUCAGAGGUCACUGUAAAGCGCUAACUUAUUCCCCGUGGAGGGAUCACGUUCUGAAUGUAGAUAUUGUUCAUUACUUUCCAUCUGUCAUGAAAUGUUUGUUAUUUGAGAUGCUAUAUUGUACAUUAAGUAUGGUGCGUCACUUUGUGACUUGUCUAAUUUUUUUUACAUAAACGACAUGAUGAAU